GGUUGUUUGUUCCCUCCCAUCCACUCGCUUUCAUGUACACCUCACUUUCUUGGCCUCCCCAACUUUCCAGCUCGGUUUGCUAACCCAUGGUCGCCUCGCCUCAUCCAUCCCCUCGCCCAACUCCCAUAACUUUGCAUGGCUUAGGCCAGUCUCAAUGGUGUUUCAUUGGAGUUUCAUGCACAUUAAAUAUGCUGAUGUGGCGCUAUAUUAAUGAAGAGAGAUGAUAAGAGUUUCAUGGAAGUAGGGAGAGUUUCAUCCCCAUAAAACUUCUAUGCACUGUUUGCAAAAUAUGGAUGUGUUGCAAACUGUGUCAUGAAACUUCAGGAUAGCCUUAUUACAUGGCAGCUCGCCCCUAUCCCGGCCUAGGCUAUAUGUAUAGCAAUUAUCAAGCUUGCCUUCGUCUUCCUUCAGCCACCUUGUCGACCUCACUCUCAGGGUCCGGUCAGGUGCAUAUAUACCUUGAUCGAUCAGAUAGAUAUAUAGAUAGAUAGCUAGGAUCGCAUUGUGUUCCACCACCAAAACCAAAAGCCAGCCACAGCAUCGACAUGAUGCAGGACUUGUUCUCGGUCCCUUCGUGUUUCUCGGCGGGGGAGAAGCUCCCGGACGUCCCGGCGUCCGCGGCGGCCACCAGGUCCGGGCAGAGCGCGGCGACGCUGGUCUACCGCGCGGGGAUCGCCGGACAGGACCGCCUGGUGACUGUGACGUGGUGCAGGAACCUGCUCACCCACGGCCUGACCGUGUCCAUCGAAGGGUCGGCGGGCGGCGGCAAGGACAAGAGCGGUGGCGGCAGCAGCAGCAGCAGCAGCAGCAGGGAGUGGAGCGACGCCGACGGUGGCGGCGGCGCGGCCUCCAAGCAGGGCUGCAGCACUGCCUGCAAGGUGGAGAUGCAGCCGUGGCACUUCUGGCGCAAGUACGGCGCCAAGCAGUUCCACGUCGACGGCAGGGCCGUCGACGUCGUCUGGGACCUCCGGAGCGCGAGGUACUCCGACGAGCCCGAGCCGCUGUCCGACUACUACGUCGCCGUGGUGUCGGACGACGAGGUCGUCCUCCUCCUCGGCAACCUCAAGAAGGAAGCGUUCCGGCGGACCGGGUCGCGGCCGUCGCUGCGGGACGCCGUCCUGGUGUGCAAGAAGGAGCACGUCUUCAGCAAGAAGCGGUUCCUCACAAAGGCCAGGUUCCACGACAGGGGCAAGCUGCACGACAUCAGCAUCGAGUGCAGCAGCAGCAACCUCAGCGGCGCCGGCGUCGGCGUCGACGUCGACAUGGUCAUCAAGAUCGACGGCUCCGUCAACGUCCUCGUCAGGCACCUGCAGUGGAAGUUCAGAGGCAACGAGUGCAUCUCCAUCAACCACCUCAAGGUGCAGGUGUACUGGGACGCGCACGACUGGCUCUUUGGCACCGGGAUGAGGAACGCACUGUUCAUCUUCAAGCCCGAGCCGCCAUCAACCACCGCUGUGGACCUCCACACUGAUGAGUGCUCUGAUUUCUGCCUGCUUCUGUACGCAUGGAAACUUGAGUGAGCUAGGAUUCCUGUUCCUCUACAUUAUAGUGGACACCUUACCAUGUUAUGAACCAAUAAUUCAUAUCAUGUAAUACUAAUGGAUUAUUGGGAUAUGGAAGUGUAUGCGAAAUGAAUGAUUGGGACCAUUCUCUGCC